AUGGAAGAUCCAGAAAACAGUAGUUCAUUUUUUGAAGAAUCUUAUGAGCACAUAAGUUCUUUUUUUUCAAAUUCUAAACCAGAUUCAACACUAAAAAAAGCAAAUGAAGAUCAAGAAGAAAUAAAGGUAGAAAGAUCGAAAGAUACACUCUGUUGUCACAUAUAUUCUGUCAUAGAUAAUGCUUGUGAAGAUCCUUUUAUUUUUAUUGUUAAUGCAGAAAAAAUAAAUGAAAGCAAUAGCAAACAUUUUACUGUGUAUACAAUACAUAUGAGGAACUUUGAAGUACGCCGUCGCUAUUCCGAAUUUGAAUCCCUUAGAAUAUCACUUUCACGAUUAUUUCCUACAGUGAUUGUUCCUCCAAUUCCUGAAAAAUCCAAUAUCAAUUUAUCAAUUUCUUCGGCAAGGGCUAAAAGAGAUUCAAAUAUAGUUAAUCAAAGAAAAAGAAUGUUACAAGUUUUCCUUAAUCGUUGUGUUUUUCAUCCUGUUUUGAGUAAAAGCCACGUUUUUCAUUGCUUUUUGGAUGAUAAUAUAUCAUGGCAACAAGUUUUAAUAACACCGCCUAUUUCUUUAUUACCACAAAAUAUUCUUAUAUCACACCCUCUAGAUCCAAUUUCUAGCACAAAUAAUCCUAAUUAUCAAUGUCUUCCUAUACCCUCUGCUAAUGCAAAGUUAAUAAAUUCUAAUAAUAAAGAUGAAGUAAAAUUUCUAGAAUUAGAAAAAAAAAUUAAAGAAAUUGAAGAUAUUAUUGGAACUGGUAUCUUAAAAGCAAAUAGAUAUAUUAUAAAACACUUUCAAAAUUUAGCAGAUCAUUUCAGCGAACUAGGUGCAACUUAUAAUGCUCUUUCAAUAAUUGGACCAGAUCACUUAGCGGCAGGAAUUGAACGUUUUGGCCAAGCUCACGACUCAAAUUUUCAUUCUAAUUAUGAAUUAAUUGAGAAUAUGAAUUUUAUAUUAUCAGAGCCGUUAAAAGAAUUGGCACAGUUUCAUGAAGCUGCUAGGUCUCGUUUAAUAUAUAGACGUCAGAAAACCGUACAAUACGAAAUUAUUGUAGAUAUAUUAAAUCAAAACAAAAAUAUACUGGAUACACUUGAGAAAUCAGAAAUAGAAGCACAAAAAAUUGAAUCAUCUCUAGCAAGAUUGAGUACAGGCGGAUCUAGUUUAUCAACAUUGAAUUCCGAUGAAUCUAUUGAUGACAACGAGCAUUCAAAACAAACUAAGAAUUUCUUUGGAAAAUUAACUGUUGCUAUAAAAGAUAUGGUUGAUGCAGAUUCAAAGACUACUAGAAAAAAAAGUAUUGAAAAAAUAUAUGAAAAAAUUUCUCAGCUGGAAAAUGCACUUAAAAUUACAAGAAAGGACUCAAAUGUUGCAGCAGAGGCUAUAAUGGAUGAAUUAGAGAGAUUCCAAAGUGCAAUUAGGAAAAAUUAUUGUGAUUUAAUGAUUAAUGUCGGAAAAUGCUAUAUAGAAUGGGCUAAAAGAAAUAUUAAGGUCUGGGAAAAAGCUAAUUGUUUAGCUUAA